CGGAGUGCCCCACGACACACGGGAGUCGCGAGGGAUGCGGCCCCACGACGACCCGCUGCCUGGGCCUUGGGUUAGUAGUUCCAGGUCGCUGCGCUUUUCGCUCCCUGCGGCGCUCCGUUCCGGAAAAGGGACAAAGAUGACCCCGCCAGCUCUGCUUUCCUUCCCACCCUUCCAGAGUCCGGGCGGUGAGGCGGCCGAGCGCCGCAAGCCGCCGGGGACUUCGGGUCGGUGUGCACACCGGAUCGUCGCAGGGACGCUCGGCGUCCGCGGGAGGGGACCGAGCCGCUCCGCGACCCGGCGGCGCGAACCCCGCAGGCCCACGCCAGGUCCGGGGCGGCCUGUGGACCUCGCGCUCAGGCCCCGCCUCCCGGCGCCAGUUGGCCACACCCACUUCGGGAAGGCGCGCCACUUCCGCCCAAGCACUGGUCAGGCCACGCCCUCGCGGGUGGCUCCUGACUCCCGGGUCCUGGGGAAUUGUUGCGUCUGUUUUCCGGGUCCUGAGACCGUGUGGGCUUGGCGGCCUCUGAGGUUCCCGCUGGUCUCCUGCAAGAUGACGGCGUCCUGCGCGCCGCGCACAGCCCAUCGCUGCUGCCUCGAGAAGCGCUUUUCUUUUUUGUGUUGUUUUGGGAUCCCUUUGAUGGCCUCAGUGCUCCUGAUACCCAUGCCCUCUGAUGCCUGUGAUCCUCCUCCGAGAUACAUCUCUAUGAGGCCAAAUGUUACUAAACCCAAUUAUAAUCCUAGGGACAGAGUAUACUUCGAGUGUCGACCAGGAUACAAGCUUAUUACACCUUUUCGUUCCAUAUUUUCCGUUUGUCAGCCUGAUAACACAUGGACACCUCUCGACGAGGCUUGUACGGAAAAAUUAUGUCCACAUCCAGGAGAACCUGUAAAUGGCAAGCUAGUCGGUGUAAAUGGAUCUUUUAUCUUUGGUUCACAGGUUCACUACUCUUGUAAUGAGGGUUUUCGGUUAAUUGGAAAAAGAAUUCUGUAUUGUGAAGUUUCUAGUCGUGACAAAAAUGCAGUGGUUUGGAGUAAUGAUCCCCCACUAUGUACAAAGAUAAAGUGUCAGUCACCUGGAAAAAUACCACAUGGAACACAUACUGGUAGUGAGAAGGAUGAAUUUGAAUAUAAUGAAGUGGUAACUUACAGUUGUGAUUCUUCAAGUGGACCAGACGAAUAUUCACUUAUUGGAGAGAGCAGGCUUAUUUGUUCUGGCGAUGGUGUAUGGAGUAGUGACCCUCCUCAGUGUAAAGUCGUCAGAUGUCCAUUUCCAGACCCUGAAAAUGGAAGACUGAUAUCAGGAUUUAGAAGAAAAUAUUACUACAGAGCAACAGUCACAUUUGAAUGCUUACCGGGUUUUUACCAUGAGGGCAGCAACAGAGCUGUCUGUGGCAGUAACAGUACUUGGGAACCGGCAAAGCCAAUGUGUCUUAAAGUGCUGAUUCCUCUUAGUACCAGUCCUCCAGCUUUGAAUCACACAGUGUCAACUCCUCCCAGUACAAAACCUCCAAUUUCGAGUGUCUCAGUGUCGACGACUCCCAGUACAAAACCUCCAAUUUUGAGUGUCUCAGAAUCCAGGAUUCCUCAUACGACUAUGCCUCCGAGUUCAAGUCAUCCAGGUUCAGCAACUCUUCAUCCUACUUUUAUUAAGACUGGGCCUCCUGGUGGCUCUCUCAGUUGGGCGUCUGCCUUCUGCACAGGACCUCCGCCAAGUCCUGGUGAUGAAUCAACACCUGAAGAUACUAAGACUUCAGGCAAAAUAACCACCAUUAUUGUUCUUGGUGUCCUUGCCGGCCUUGCAGUAGUUGGCUGCAUCCUGUUCAUGUGUUAUCGACACAAGAAGAAAGGCACAUACCAAACUGGUGAGAGCCACAGAGAAGUAAAAUUUAAUUCUCUCUGAGAAGAAGAGAUGAGAGAAAGGUUUGCUUUUAUCGUUAAAAGGAGAACAGAAAUGACGGCCGGAUACAGUGCUUGCCAGGAUAAGUCAACUACGUCAGCAGGGCACUAAAUGGUUUCUCCACACCGGUUUAUCCUUUGAGAUCUACAAUAAAUUCACAUAGCUUCUAUGGAAAACAGUAUAAAUGUUCCUCAAAAAAUUAAGAACAGAGAAUCACCAGAUGAUCCCACAAUUCCACUCACGGGUAUAUAUCCAAAGGAAACAAAACAACUGUGUAGCCCUCUAUUUACUGCAGCAUUAUUUACAAGAGCCAGGACACAGAAACAACCUAAAUGCCCCGGAGGGAUGAAUUCUGAAAGGAAACGCGCUGUACAAGUAUGGCGGCAUACUAUUCAGCCAUAAAAAAGAAGGAAAUCUUGCUGUUGAGGACAAAAUAUAUGGACCCUCCGGGCAUUUUGCUAAGGAAAAUAAAAGUCAAACGAAGAGAAAGACAAAUACCGUAGGAUCUUACUUAUUGUAGAAUCUAAAAACAAACAAAAAACUCCUAGAAACAGAAACCACAUUGGUGGUUGCCGGGGGUUGGGGGGCAAAAUUGGGUGAAGGGGGUCAAAGGGGACAAACUUCCAGUUUUAAGAUUAGUAAAUACUGGGGUAGAAUUAAUGUGUGGCCCGGUGACUAUCAGCAAUGCUCCUAUACUGUAUAUUGGCAAGUGGCUAAGAGUAGAUCUUAAAAGUUCUGAUCAGGAAGACAAAAAUUUUUGUGACUGCGGUGCUAUCAACUGAAUUCACUGUGGUGAUCAUUUCUCAAUAUAUACGUUAGCAAUUCAUGCUAUACACCUUAAAUAUAUACAAUGUUAUAUGUCAGUUACAUCAAUAAAACCAGAAGGGGGAAAAUUCUAUAAAAAAUUAUCUAGGUUUUUUUUCCUUAUAUGAAUGCAAACCUUAAGCCAUAAUGCUAGCAUUUUAAUGUGGUUUGAAUGUACUCACCAUCCUUUGAUGCUGCUUUGAACAGCAUAUGAAUUUGGGUAUGAACCUCUGGCCUGUUUUCCCUUGAAUAACACUUGCAUUUAUAGGACAACUUGACACAGUAUCCCUGGUAGUAUUUAGGUGGGAAGAUAAUUUUUUUUAAUGAAAUACCCAAAUUUAAAAAAUCGUUGUGCAAGAUAAAUUACAUUUCAUUUGUAAAGGAGAUUUUGAAAUCCGUUUUGUUCAAAGAUUGAGAAGUCUUGAUUCAUUCUUUCAACAACUCUAAAAUGUGUUUUAUAUAUGGUUCCGUGUAAAAAGCCUUACAAAUAUGUGAAUUCUACUUCUGCCCUUAACAUUAAAAACAGGAACACUGAAAAUUGGGAUUUUGAACAAGUUUGGCUUCCUUAACUAAGAAUAUUAUUGGAAAAUACUCUAAAUGGGGUAGAAUUCUGUAUUUUUUUUAAUUGUUUGUAGUUUCUUUGUGAUUUAAGGAAGCUAUAAAGUGUAUGGUAUUUGUACUUCACUUUUUAACCAUCGAUAAGCAGUCUGCAUGAGGGAUUCAGAAUCCUUUGCAACUCCUGAACGACAUCAGGGAGCCCUCGCUCUCCUAGCAAGAAUGCCCGCCGGUGCUAGAGUGAACACUGUGGCCUUGCAGGUUUCCCUAAGAGGAUUCUGCUCUUUAGGAAAAUCAGAUUGCACUCUGAAUUCUGGCAAUGGGUCCUCUUCUCCCGCUACUUGAAUAGAGAGGUCUUACUUUAGGCAACGUCGUGUAAACAGGGUGAGUUUUGCAGGAACAUAUCCAUCAGAUAAGCUAAGGUUGUAUCAGAAUCUGAGUGUUAGGUGCAUCUCACCUUAUGUGCUAACAGCAGAGUAAAAAUUAAGCCACAUAUUUCAGAGAAGGAAACGGUGCCUGCCGUUGCUCGUGCAAAGGGACGGAAAAAACCAACAGCGGAGGUAGCACCGGAUGCUCAGUUGGGACAGACUGUGCCCUCUGCGUCCUCACCCCAGGCGGGGUCUCCUUUGGAGAAGCCCAGGGGGGACGGCCACUCGAACUCACAGGACACUUUUAAAGUUUCCUUUUGCAUUUUUAUGUUUAGUAGCACAAAUUAGGCCAAAGAAACGUUGCCCGGAGAAGGAGAUGGUUGGGAAUCAAGCGUGGACCAUGUUUGUGACGCACUGUAAGCGUUCCUUCCCUCUGGGAUCCGGGGGGAGUUGGGGAAGAUCAGCUUCAGCAGAAAGAAACAGGAAUUUUGAAUUCAGUACGGAGGUGAAGCUGUACCAGCCCAAUUGUCGUGUACUUUUCAGGGAUGUAGCAGUUGCUUUGAAGCAAGGGAUGGUUCUACUGUUUAUUUUUAACAAGCCGAAUUGAAUAUUUUCCACCCAAAGAUUGUCAUGCUUUCGAAAAUAAAUGGACUUGUAGAGUAGUUUCUGCUUCAAAUUUCGUUUUUUCAUUCUAAUAGAUUUAUAUGGGAAAUUGAUAUAAAUGUGUAAAUAUAAAUUAUGCUCUUUGUCAAACAACUUGUCAAUUACCUAACAUAUGAGGAAAACAGUUUUCUCUAGGAAAGCAUUCUGUAAUGACAUAAAAAAGCAUAUGUAUAUUUAAAAGUUUGUUAAAACUAUAAGAAUGUAUUUGCAGUGAAAGGAGAAGUCCCAUGUAUCGGGGUCUUCAUUGUUCAUUUUUUGAAAACCGGAGCUUCAGAUGUUGUAAAAAAUAAAAUGUAGAUUGGAGAAUU